AUGCCCCCCCCGUACUCCUUCGCGGCCCCCGUCGCCUACCGCAUCUCCAGCACUGCGCCCCCCCCGCCGCCCCACUACGACAACAACUCAAAGCGCAAGCGGUCUGCGGGCCUCGAACUGCUUCGCUCGAAACCCGCGACGAAAACAACUGCUACUUCUCCACUAUCUCCAACCUUCUCAUUGCCCCCGCUUCUUUCCCCGGCCCAGCCUAACACUUCAUUUGCCUCUUUCCCGAUACCGCCAGAGCCUCCUCAGGAACAAUACGAUCAGUUUGCGACGCAAAGGGCCACUCUGAGACAUGCCAAGUCCAUACCGCAUCUACUACCCCUCGACCUGCCCCCACCACCCCAGGAGCCAAGAGAAUCGAAAGAGAAGAAGCGAAAGUACUCGUCGAAAUGGGAGAGGGGUACCCUCGAGGCCCAUCUGGAAGGUACAGGGGGCAAGUAUGGAGGUGAAUUACGCAUCUACAAUCCCGACUGUACCGUAUUCCAUCACCCUCUGAACACCUUGGUCAGACACUCUCCCUCAAUAGAGGACGUAACAAAGGUGCAUCACUCGGUCUAUGGCCAUCUCCAUACCCUCUCUUUUCGAAUCCCGACUGUCAGCUCUCCGGAGCCAGCAGAUGGCCUACCCAGCUAUGCCCUCCAGCGGAAUGCUUCCAAAAGUCGGCCGGGGCUCAUGUCAAACCUAUUUACCCGCCGCCGAAGAGGCGUGACCAUCUCCCUCGCGGAUUCUUUCGCAAAGAAUGGCAACUCUAGUGCGCUGGGAGAGUAUCCCGACGAGCCCUCUGCAAGUGUACUAUCAGUCGGUUCGACUGUCAUGUCGGAUCAGAGUGAGACGGAAACCAACGCAGACACGGUUGUCCUACUCGUCUUUGAGGACGCCGAGUCCCUUGGCGAAUGGUACCUCCUCCUCAAGUCAUUUACUAUGAAGGAGACGCCGCGAACAUUACGCCGUCUGCAUGUGCGUAUCCUCGAUCUGCAGGAAACUGCAACUCCUACCGAGUUUCCCCUCCAGACGGCGUCAUAUGGUACUCAGUUGGGAUUUGGGUCGUUUGAUAUUAGGAGUUCGAAAUCGAGUGAUGCGCUAUUGCCUGGUGGCAAGGGUCUGAAGGCGGGAUGGGCGGCAAAGGAGCAUAUAUGUGUUGAAAUGCCGAGGAGGAUUACGGGAUUCCUUUCUGGGCUCAGCCUUUUGUUUUCGAAGACCUCCCCAGCUUUUCCGAGUGUAGCGAGAAUGUCAAUUUGCAUACUCCGCUCCAACAAGUCCCACCCGAUAGCCACCGUCCCUCUAUCCCUCGUCCCCAACUAUUCUCCCACCAGAGAUGAGCGAUACCCCGUCGUGUCGCUCUCCAACGAGGCCGUCGUCGGCGAGCUGAGGAUGGCAGUAUCAUACCAGGAGCUCCCCAUCCUUCAUCGCUCGACCUAUGUCACCGAGCUGUAUACUGGAGGCGAUCUGGGCGCUCGAGCCAUCUACGUAAUGUCUUCGAGAGGGUACUUUGAGCAGACACAUGAUGUCUUGUUCAAAGUGAGCCUAGUCAAAAACCCGACUUUCCCAUGGUUGCUCGAGAUGGUCAACAUUGAGGCUAAAUCAGACGGAGCCACUCUGUUCCGAAACAAUACACCUUUGACAAGGAGCUUGGAAUCAGCUAUGAAGGUGCUGUGCGUGGAUUUUUUGAGGCUGUCGAUAGGGCCGACUAUUUCGACCAUCUUGGAGAACGAUAUAGAGGUCAGGAGCGAUAAUCUGAAUGUGAUGGACCGGCUGGUGAAAGGCUGCUGGGCGGAUAUGUAUGCUCAGAGGGGCACAUUUCCAAAUCCUUUGCGGAAGGUCUUUGCUCAUUUGUACAAGACGGUCAAGCAAAAUCAUGAAGAGCAAAUGCUGCACUACAAAUCAGUAUCCUCAUUCCUCUUUCUUCGAUUGAUCGGCCCUGCUCUUAUGCGCCCCCACCUCUUUGACCUAGCUCGCGGCUUGCCUCGCGCGGGUAUACAGCGCACCCUGACAACACUCGCCAAGAUCUUGCAUGCCAUGGCGUUCUUUUCCGAUCGGGACAUUAGCAGGGAUCCGGAGUUGGGCAAGUAUGGGCGGUUCAUCAAGAACACUGCAAACUCUGACAUGAUGUUUGACUAUCUUGCGAGCUUUUCAACCACCCUCGACGAGUUCCAAGCCGCACCCCCGCCCCCAUCCCCAGCUGCCACCUUCUUCUACGAACGCUAUCCCCUCCUGUCCCCAACAGAAGGGACCUACGUUGUAUUCCCUUCCAACGCUGGUCCGGUAGACCUAUUGGGGGAGGGAGCGGUGUUUCUGGAGACGCUGUAUCAGAGACGGAAAGAUGUGGCGGGCAAGGAAGUGUAUGAUGAGGGUGAUGUGGAAGAGAGAGUGAGGUUGAUGGAUGCGUUUCAUGAAAAGGUGCAUGAAGCGGCUUUUCCGCAUCAGAAAGGAUCAGAGAGGAGGAAAAAGUGCUUUUAA